AUGGCAUACUCAUCUGGAUCAUCAUCUCAUAACCACACUGUUCUCGCUACUAGGAAUCGUGACAACGACCUGUGCGCUUGUCGUCAUCUAAAGUUAAGCGUAGAAAGGAUGUCGAUGUCAGAUAAGAAUCCAUCUCGUAGAUUCCGCAACUGCGUUGACUCUUUGGGUUUACUGUUCUCUAUUAAGUGGAUAGCGGAACGAGCUUCUAGUGUUUGUGACUGGAUAUUUCAUUGGUAUGUUUGUUUGUAUGUGGAGAUGGCAGCUGAGAAGUGUAAAUACUUCAAGUGGAUCGAUGAUGAGUUGACACCACACUACAAGAAUGCUUUCAACAAUCUCAAGUAUGAGUUGAAAAUAAUGAAAGACACUAGUUACACUGCAAGACUAGAGAAAAGGGUAGCUUUGCUAGAGAACUUGAAUGCUGAAGCCAUUGCUGCUAAAGAAAUUGUUGAUGGUAAGCUAGCCAUGGCUGUUGAAGAAAAGAAACAACUGAGGGGUGUGAUAGUUUGUUUUAUUUACUUCUUUUUAUAG